GUGGUGGAUGACCAAUUCCAAGAUGUCCCUGUGGAGCCUUGUCUCCGACAUGCCUCCAGGACGGUUCAGCGACCUCUUUGAAGAAUUUCCUCAUGACCUACGAUGCUUCCUGGGGGACUGGUUGGAAGCUCAGCCAUGGGGUGCCAUCUGAAUCCUACAUGCCAUGCCUCAGAGGUGUAACUGGGAAUGAGUACAACUGGUAUAUCACAGACUGUUUAUCCAAGAUGUUCAUCCCAUGGCCUGAGUACUACCUAUUAUGUUCCUGUGGGAACCCUCAAUGUAUAUUUUCCAGUGCUUCCUUCUAGAAUGCAGAUGGCAAGGCAAUUACAACUCCUAAAAUUGAACCGCCAUUUCUGGAACAGACACGCUGGCUCUUGGUGUUGACAACAGUAUCCUUUCCAUCAGUUUCCAGCUAAGCACAAAGUGGCAGCUGUAGGAAAGUGUUGAUUUUUAAUAGCAGGAGGCCAUUUCAGCUUGGUGGCACUUAACCCUAAUGAUGGACUUUUGUUCUGUAAGUUAUGCCUCAUCUGUCUCUCACAUUUUAUUUUUUGAUGUGUUGGGACAACAUUGGUCAGUUAUAUGUAUUUUGAAAAGGAGUGGGAUGUAUUAGCCUACAUUUCACUUUUUCUCUCCCCUUUCCCUUUUACCACGCAACUGGUUUACCCAGGGAAUUCAUCAGCAACAUAUCAGACUCUUUCUGUGCUGUUCUGGCUGCAAGACUGCUGUCUGCCAUGGUGGAGAUGUUACAUGACCUGGCCAACAAAAAUGGCUCUCCUGGCCCAAUUCUUCAGCUCACAGCCAACCUUGAGAACAGAUAUAGAAGAGAACCACUGAAACUGGUGGAAGCAGUAAAAAGGAUCUUAAGAGAGGAGCGUGCAGCAAUUCAGGAAAAGUUUCAGCACGUGCCCCUCUUUGUACACCGCCAGCGGGAAGAGCUGAUGUUUGAAUUCAAUCUUCAGCGAUUGCAGUACCGAGUGCAAGAAAUCCAGGCCCUCCAGGAGAGGCUGGAGAUGAACAACAGUAAUACUAGAGUUUCUCUUCAGCUAAAGAUGCUAGACCCACAAUUUCCUAUGCAAGAGAAGUUGCACACAAGUUCUCUCCAAAACCUUCAAACUCUGUUCCUAAAUACGAUCAGUGAAUUGGAAGAAGCAAAGAAAGCAGUGCUGGCAAGACUUAUGAUCUGGAAGCGGCAGCAACAGCUGGCUGGGAAUGGAACUCCCUUUGAUGAGGACUUGAGUCCACUACAAAAGAGGUUUGAAAGGUUGGUGGACAUUUGUUUCCAGCUCCGCUUGCAGUUGGUAGCCUCUGGUGCUGAACUUCAGUCUUCUCUGCAGGAACGUUUGGACAGUGUGGCCAAUGCCCUCAUCAAAAACUCAUUCCUGGUGGAUAAACAGCCUCCUCAAGUUCUGAAGACCCAAACCAAAUUUCAAGCCACUGUCCGCUUCCUGCUGGGGCCUCAGUUGCUCAAGCAUCCACACACAUCCUUCAUGGUCACAGCUGACAUUGUAACAGAGAAACAGGCACGUGAAUUGGCUACCAGCUCUUCUGGAGGAGUCUUUUGUGAAAGCAGUGGAGAAAUUGUGAACAACACUGCACCUCUGGAGACAAAUGCCACAAGCAAUGCCUGCUGUGCUCUCUUCAAGAGUAUGCUUCUCAAGAAGAUCAAGCGCUGUGACCGCAAGAGUACAGAGUCUGUGACUGAAGAAAAGUGUGCUGUCCUCUUCAGUGCCACUGUGUGCCUUGGGCCCAACAAAAUCAACUUCCACCUGCAGGCCCUGUCACUGCCCAUCGUGGUGAUUGUCCAUGGCAACCAAGACAACAAUGCCAAAGCCACUAUCUUAUGGGACAAUGCUUUUGCUGCUGCUAAUCGCAUCCCCUUUGUGGUGGCCGAACGUGUCAGUUGGGAUGACAUGUGUGAAACUCUCAAUCAGAAGUUCAUGGCAGAGGUGCAGACCACGAAAGGCCUGCUCAAGGAGCACUACUUCUUCUUGGCCCAGAAGAUCUUUGGUGACAGUGGCGCCAGUCCUGAGGAAUUCCAGAAGCGCCCAGUAUCCUGGUCACAGUUCAAUAAGGAGAUUCUUCCUGGUAGAGGCUUCACAUUUUGGCAGUGGUUUGAAGGAGUUCUUGACCUUACCAAGAAAUAUCUGAAAGAAUACUGGUCUGACCGACUCAUCAUAGGUUUUAUCAGCAAGCAGUAUGUUUUCAGCUGCCUGAGCACUGCACCAGUGGGUACUUUCCUACUACGUUUCAGUGACUCAGAGAUUGGUGGCAUCAGCAUCGCCUAUGUUACCUGCUUUCAGGAUGGUUCCACUCAGGUGGAGAACAUCCAGCCUUUCACAGCAAAGCAACUGUCCAUGCGUUCCCUUGCUGACUGUGUUCUGGAUCUGUUGCAGCUUCAGAUAUUGUAUCCUGACAGGCCCAAACAUGAAGCUUUCAAGAGGCACUGUAAUGCAGAGGCACCAAGGAAGAGUAAUUAUGUCCCAGCCAAGUUGAAGAUAACUGUGGACCUACCUUCAACGUUUCCUGCUCAGUCAAUUCAGCCUCAAGUUGACUCCAUGAGCAAUCCUAACAUGAAUCUUGGAAUGCAUUCUGAUCCACCCUACGACCCAUCACUGAUGAUUACACCACCCAGACACAUGUCUCCCUCUGGCAACACAGUAUAUGGAAGUCCACAGUUACAAUCUGAAGUGACCUACUCAUACUCUUUGGGAAAUGCUUCACCCCUUGGCCAAAUGGAUCCAUACCCCAUGCCUCCAGAUGUGGAUAUGUCAGACAUCUGUAUGCAAAAUGAGAAUACUCCAAUGUAUGCGACAGAUCUGCAUAUGCUCCCAAACCAGAUAGUGAUGCCUGAGAUGAUCUCCCCACCUUCUGAUGAAGAGCUGGCCCUUCUGUUACAUUCUGAGCAAGAUCUAAAUCGCUAUUCUCAAGAUCCAGCAUGACUCAACACCCAUUUGUAUGCAUUACAUCUGGUACUUUGGAGGGAUUUUCUUGGAUGGCAAAAAACAUUAAGAAUGAAUGCACCAGAGUACAAGAGAGGUUGUUGCUCUCAAAAUCUUAUAGGGUACAGGACACUCCUCCCAUAGCUCUAUCCCCAUGCCUUUCUUCCUGUCAGAACUCUCAGAUCUUCUCUUGAUUCAAGAGCAGCUUGGAUUCUUUGCUGGAUCAGACUCAUUGAAUAUUUGGCUCUGCCCGGGGAUGUUGACCAGCUAUGACUAGCUUGGGGAGCUGUGCAUGUUAUAGCAGAGCAGAGCCUCAAUAUUACAGAGCAGGACAGAGACUCAUUCACUUGCUGGCUUCUUUGCUGCUUGGUGCUAUCCUACCUUGGGCAAAAGGCAAUAUGGCCUACCUUGCUUUAUGGUUUGUGCUACUUAUGAACGUUGGGAGUGGAUGGGAUUCCUGUAGUAAAAAUUUGGACUUUAUCAUCACAACUAGAGGAUAUUUUUCUUAGGACUGUGAAGACUCAGAUGCUCCCUUGUCAAUUUAAGGGGAAGAUUUUUUUGGGCCACUGGAAAGUUUUUGAAAGCUAGACUUCUGGGUUGGCUCUUCUGUGCUUUGUCAGUGUCUCCUUCAAAAAAGAAAGCACCAUAUUCCCUCAGGGGAUUAAAAAUCCACAAAUCUUUUCUUUCCAUCAAACCUCAUGGGUCUGGGCCUAUCACUAAGCAGAGGGUGGUGGCUCAAGUAUAGGGGAAAUGGUAGUGGAAAGUCAAUAAAGCAUCACGAGACAAACUAUAAAUGCCAACUCUUCUCCGCAAACGCUGUCUUUCCUAGGAUGGCCUGCUCCCUCCAAGUGUGGUAAAGAAUGACAUAAAAUCAGUGUUAAAAUAAGUUUAACUAUCUUCUGUAAAGGUGGUACACCAUAUUGUCCUUUGUGUAAUACAGCAAAAUAUUGAGGGGUAGCCGUCUAAGCCUGCAUGUCUUCCUGGCAAUGAAGAGCUCAGAUCCUCCUAUUCAACUCAUCUUCCAGAACAAUGAUCCAGAUAGGAAAACAUAGAGCUAUUUCUCUUCUCCUGGGGAAAUGUGACAUUCUGUACCUCCCUGUACUACCCUUUAAUACAUUCCUCAGACUUUCUUGCUUACAUAACUGCUGUACAAGCUCUACUACCAUUCGCCAGUGUCUCUUAGUCCCACCUCAUAGCCGGCAAAGGUGCAAUUUAAAGUAAGCCAUAAAAUAAGACUUUAUUCCAAAAUAACAAAAUAAAUAAUCUACUGUACACAUUACAAAGGAAAGGGUAGUCAUUUUUUCUAUAUAAAGACACCAAUAUUCUAUGGGAGAUGGUAGGAACUAGAACGGAUAGCAAGUAACUAUUUUAUUUUGUCUCAAUGCUGAGCUUCAUCUGUGUUUUGUACUUGUCUUUUUCAAACAAUACUUUUCUGUUAUGAAGUUUGCUGCCAGACUGCUCUUGUGACGACAUCUUUGGGGGACUGAGUUAUCGCUGUUUCUUCUGGCUCUUAUUCUGAGAGGUGAUGGUUAGAUCCAAUUCCCUUGUGGAUGGAGAGUUUCCUUUCUCAAAGCUGGCCCAGUUGAGUUGUUAUUGAACAGAAAGAGGGGGCUGCAGUCAAGAAAGCUUAUAAAAGAAAAUCUAACCCACACCUGGCAUAGAACAUGAUACAGGAUAGUCACUGUAAGUUUUAACAUUUGCUUUGAGCAGCUAUAUCAUUUCAGCUGGCCCCUGGUUUCCUUAAAAGGCCAUAGCCAACUAUUUCUGCAUGAGGAGCAGUUCACAUCAGAAAUGUCUACUGUUUUCCAUUCAGAGAUUGUGGAGGAAAUAGGAAUGGUUGUUGUUGUGUGCCUUCAAAUCUUUUCUGACUUCUGUUGACCUUAACACUGGAAUUUCCAGCAGCAAUUGAACAUCAGAUCAAUUCUCAAAGUGGAAAUGUUGAACUAAUAAGAACAAUUCCCCCAAUAAAUGAUUAGCACAGA